AUGAUUCGGUUCGCCGACACGUCGUGGGCACUAUCACCGCCGUGUACCAGAGCUCCACAGAAAACGAAUUUUGAACGCUCAGGCCAGGAGGAGUUGACCAACCAGCGGCAGAGGCUGCUUGACGACCAGGUGCUGGCGACAAGGGUAGUUGACCGCCAGGCCUUUUACGCCCGCUUAGCGGCUAUUGGUCUCAAUUACGGGCCGACGUUUCAAGGGCUGAAAGGGCGGCGUGUGACGCCGCAUACUAACACUGUGUUUGGUGUCCUGGCCAUUCCUGAUAUCAAUUCCGUCAUGGCAAUGCAAUUCGAAUGCCCUCACCUUAUUCAUCCGGCCGCCCUGGACUCUGCAUUUCAAAUGGCCUUUGCCGCCGCCAUUCCUGAAAAGCCUCUGAAUCAAGCGGCCGUCCCGGUUUCCAUGGAAAGGAUAUUCGUCGCCGCCGAGAUGCCCAGGGGCGCUGAAAUCACGUGUGUGGGCACUGCAUCUGCGCGUCGCAUUGAAAAGGCCAUAGUUGCAAGACAUGCUGUUUGCCGAUAA